CCAUAAAUUGCUCUGCGGGGACCCGCCCUCGCCAACAUGGCGGCGCCCAGUUGGGGCGGGUUUGUUCGCUUCGUGUUCUGGCCGGGGCUGGGGUCUGGGCUUUAGGCAGGUCAUUUUUAGUUGCACAAUGUUUGGGGACUUAUUUGAAGAGGAUUAUUCCAGUGUGUCAAAUAAUCAGUAUGGAAGAGGGGAGAGAUUAAAGAUUAAUGGUUUGGAGCCACCUGCUCCUAGAGAAUUCACCAAUUUAAGCGGAAUCAGAAAUCAGGGUGGAACCUGUUACCUCAAUUCCCUUCUUCAGACGCUUCAUUUCACACCUGAAUUCAGAGAAGCUUUAUUUUCUCUUGGUCCGGAAGAGCUUGGUUCUUUAGAGGACAAGGAUAAGCCCGACGCAAAGGUUCGAAUCAUACCUUUGCAGUUACAGCGCUUGUUUGCUCAGCUUCUGCUCUUAGACCAGGAAGCUGCAACCACUACAGACCUCACCGACAGCUUCGGGUGGACCAGCGAUGAGGAAUUGAGGCAACAUGAUGUGCAGGAACUGAAUCGAAUUCUCUUCAGUGCUUUGGAAACUUCUUUAGUGGGGACCUCCGGCCAUGACCUCAUCAACCAUCUAUACCACGGAACCAUCGUUAACCAGAUUGUUUGUAAAGAAUGUCGGACUGUCAGUGAGAAGCAGGAAGACUUUUUGGAUCUAACAGUAGCAGUCAAAAAUGUAUCUGGUCUGGAAGAAGCUCUCUGGAAUAUGUACGUAGAAGAGGAAGUGUUUGAUUAUGACAACUUGUACCACUGUGGGACUUGUGACAGGCUGGUUAAAGCAGCAAAGUCGGCCAAAUUACGUAAGCUGCCUCCUUUUCUUACUGUCUCAUUAUUAAGAUUUAAUUUUGAUUUCGUGAAGCAUGAACGUUACAAGGAAACAAGCUGUUAUACGUUCCCUCUCCGGAUCAAUCUCAAGCCUUUUUGUGAACAGUGUGAACUGGAUGACAUGGAAUACACGUAUGACCUCUUCUCCGUUAUCAUACACCAGGGUGGUUGCUAUGGAGGACAUUACCAUGUCUAUAUUAAAGAUGUUGAUCACUUGGGAAACUGGCAAUUUCCAGAGGAAAAAAGUCAGCUAGAUGUGAAUUUGAAAGAUCUUCAGACUGAAGAAGAGAUCAGUGACCCACUAGUAGUUCUAAAAGCGAUCUUGUUACAGGAGGAGAAUAAUCUAAUUUCUGUUGAUCAGCUGGGCCAAAAACUCUUGAAAAAGAUAGGAGUAUCUUGGAAUAAGAAGUACAGAAAACAGCAUGGACCUCUGCGGAAGUUCUUACAGCUCCAUUCUCAGGUCUUCCUGCUCAGUUCGGAUGAGAGUACAGUCAGUCUGCUGAAGAACCCGCCUCUCCAGGCCAAGGCUGACUUCCACAGGAAUGACCGGCACAUAUUCCAGAUGCGCCCUUCAAAACCACUAGGGUCAGACGAUAGCACCUCUUGUCCCCACUGGUUUGACAUAAACGAUUCCAGAGUUCAACCAAUCAAAGAAAAGGAUAUUGAAAAGCAAUUCCAGGGUAAAGAAAGUGCCUACAUGUUGUUUUAUCGGAAAUCCCGGUUACAGAGACCCCCUGAAGCUCGAGCUAAUCCGAGGUACAGGGUUCCAUGUCAUUUGCUGAAUGAAAUGGAUGAGGCCAACAUUGAACUGCAAACAAAAAGGGCAGAAUAUGAUUCUGCAAACAAUAAUAUUGAAUUGCAUCUCCACUUGGGCCCUCAAUAUCACUUCUUCAAUGGGGCGCUGCACCCGCUCGUCUCCCGAUCAGAAUGUGUGUGGGAUUUGACCUUUGAUAAAAGAAAAACUUUAGGCGAUCUCCGACAAUCAACAUUUCAGCUGUUAGAGUUUUGGGAAGGAGACAUGGUUCUCAGUGUGGCAAAGCUCGUGCCGGCAGGACUUCAUCUUUAUCAGACACUGGAUGGAGAUGAACUGACUCUGUGUGAAAUUGAAAUUGCUGAUGGGGAAGACAUCUUUGUAUGGAACGGGGUGGAGGUGGGCGGAGUCCAGAUCCAGACCGGUGUUGACUGCGAACCUCUGCUUUUAAACGUGCUUCACCUGGAAACAGGCACGGCCGGGGAGAAGUGUCAGCAGCUGACAGAAUCUCCACACGUCUUCCCGUCGAACGCGGAACUGGGCACCGUGUUCACGGCCUUGGCCAUCCCAGCAGGCACCAUCUUCAUCAGCGACGCUGAGCCCACAGGGCAGGAGGGCUGGACCGCUGUUCCCAGAGAAGACCUGAAGAAGACUUUCAGACAACAGGGGCUCCGAGAUGGGAGCUCCCUCUUAGUUCGGGAUGCUGCUGCUGACGAGAGCAGUUUGUUGCCCAAGCAAGAGAAAUGGAUCAAUAGGAUGAACGAGAUUGACUGCCUCGAAGUUAAAAAUUUAUGCCAGCUCGACUCUGAAGAGGAGCAAGUUAAAAUACCAGCAACUGCUAACACGGUGGUGUCUGAUAUUCGAAUUAAAGCCAUAAAGGAAUUUAAAUUAAUGAAGGAACUAGCUGAGAACAGCUGUCUGAGACCUAUCAGUAGAAAUGGAAGGCUUCUUCAUCCAGUGCCAGACAGUUACACUUUGAAGGAAGCAGAACUGAAGAGGGGAAGUUUAUUGGGAUUGUGUCUUGGAAAAGCACCGACUUCCUCUGAGCUGUUCCUGUUUUUCGCUACGGGAAGUAACAUUCAGCCUGGGACAGAAAUGGAGAUCAUAGUGGAAGAAACAGUGUCUGUGAGCGAGUGUCUAAAGAUAAUGCUGGAGAAAUCUGGACUGUCUGGAGACACGUGGCAUUUACGAAAAAUGGAUUGGUGCUAUGAGGCUGGGGAGCCUUUGUGUGAACAAGAUGCAACACUGAAAGAGCUUAAGAUAUGUUCUGGAGAUACUUUGCUUUUAAUUGAAGGGAAACUUCCUCCUCCGGGCUUCCUGAAGGUGCCCAUCUGGUGGUACCAGCUGCAGGACCCUGCAGGACACUGGGCAAGUCAUCAGGACCAGACCACCUGUACUCCUGCAGGCAGGCUCUGCAGAGCCGCUCCCAGCCAAGGCGCUCCUGGAGGCGGGCCUCCCGGGGAGCCUCUCCUCUACCUGGGAGACGUGGAGAUCGCGGACGUCGCCUCCCUGGCCGAUCUCAAGUCUCAGGCCAUGACCUUGCCCUCUCUCUCAGAGUUCGGCGCUCCGUCCCCGGCCUUCCUCAGAGCAUGGACGGUGGAGAAUACGCGCCUAGGCAGGCUUCUCCGAGCCGACCGGCAGCAGCUCAGGGACUAUAGACUAGGACAGAGGCCUGCGGUCUGCUUAGAGCCCCUGCAGGAGGAAGAACACUUGGGUCCCCAGGACAUCCUGCUGAGGACACAGGUGCGCAUCCCGGGUGAGAGAGCCUAUGGCCCGGCCACGGACCUGGUGUGGGACACUGCCCGAGGCUGGACUGCCAGCUCCCUGCGGCAGAAAGUGGCCGAUCUCUGUUCUCUGCCUGUGGAGAAAAUUGAAAUUGCCAAAUACUUUCCUGAGAAGUUUGAGUGGCUUCCGAUAUCUAGCUGGAACCAGCAAAUUACCAAGAGGAAAAAGAAGAAGCAGCAAGAUAAUUUGCAAGGGGCGCCUUAUUACUUGAAAGAUGGUGAUAUUAUUGGCAUAAAGAAUCUCCUGGUUGACGAGGACGACGACUUCAGUACAGUCAGAGACGACAUUGGGAAAGAAAACCAAAAGCAACGCGCAGUGGGGAGAAAGAAAAGCCGGGAAGUCUCACGUGUGCAGAGCAGCGACACAUUUCCCAGUCCGGAGACACCUGCGCGGCCUCGAGGACCGGAGGCUUCUCUUUCCAUCCACGUCGGGAGUUUCCGAUAGCACCGGGUUUGUGUCUGACCCGCAGCUUGCCUGCUAGCUCCAGGCCCCAGAACCUGCUCACCAGAGCAGUCAUCUCAGGUCAGGCAGGGGCUCAGCAGGCGUUGCCCCCGACGUGGCCGCCUCGCACAUGUCGUCUGUGGGAGCUCUCACUUGCCCCAGCUGCCCGGGUCUUUUUAUUUUUAGAGCAAUUUUUGCAAUAGGGCAGGGCGUGCUCGCCAGUGAGAGCUCCCCCAGGGCGGGAUGGCCAUGCCGCAGUCCCUCCUCCAUCCUCUCUGGAUUUGAGGCAGCCAUGUAGGGAGUUGGGGGUGCCAAUACCACCUGCUGCCCCCAGCCCACUGUUAAAAACCGGACAGGUGUGCAGACUGCAGUGAGUGCAGCAGGUACCCUCCGUCUGCCCAGGUGGCUUGCACCAGCACUGCUUCCCUUGCUGUUCGGGUGGCAGUCACUGCCCACAGGCUGUGGUCGCUCCUGCCAGGCGGCUGGGGACUCAACUUCGUCCUGCGUUGUCCUCGCUAGAGCCAAGGUCCUGAAGCGUCAGCCGAGCCCCAGGGAUGCCAGUGCUGGGACGUGACCUACGGCGCCUCAACCUCAUCCCCUGGGCCCCUCGGGGAGCCAGGGCUGAGUGGUGACCAUGUGGCAGGCCCCCUUUGCCCUGCAGGCCUGGCGGACCCUCAACCCAGGCCACUGCUAGAACAUACACUGGGACUGGUUGAUUUCCUUCUGGCUUAACCGAGGCAGCUGCUCAGUUGCAUGGCCUCCACCGAUGUGUUCUUGACAUGCAUAGCGACCCACGUGCCCUUGAGCAGGCGGAAGACACCAGGAUGGUGGGCCUCCUGCCUGGGGAUGCGCAGUCUUGCCCAGAACCCGUGAGUUCCCAGCAGCCCAUGUCACCGGCCCUGCCCUCCCCAGCAGCGUGGCUGUCUUCUGUCGCUGAUGCCGCAGCGACCCACUGUCCCCGUCUAGCUCUGUCCAGAGAAGCUCGUUUCUGGCCCCGCGUCUGAGCCCAGGUGACAAGCUGGGUUCAGCACAGGCAGUCACGGGCUGCUUUGGGGUUCAGACUGCAUUGCUAGGGAUAUAUGUGGAGAGGUCAUGGUGACCCCAAAGCUGCCUGCCCUGCCGUGUAGACACCGGUCUGUGAUCGAUCUCAGUGCACCUUCGGCCCAGCUCAGGCUCGGGAAUUGAGCACCAAGACGUUGCUUUGUAGAACCACAGCCCCCAACUCUGAACAGAUGAGGUGGGCGGGCAGCCUGCCGUGGCCUGUGCCUUCCAUUGCCCCUGCCCUUUGCCCCUUCCUAGCAAGGUUUUUUUAAUUGGGGGAACAGAAUGGGUUAUAUGGGGAGAAAGCUCUACGGUUUUGUUAAGGUAAAAAUAAACAGUUUUCCAGUCGUG